GCUCGCACAAGGGCCUGUCUGGCACUGUCUGCUUUGGGGUAUAAAUAUCGCGGCCCUGCUUACUGCUACUCGAUCUGCUAGGGCCUCUGAGACAUCUUAGGUACUUUUACACCAAGCAUGGUGGGCUGCCGUACCUUGUGUGGCAGCUUGUAGAAGGAUGUUCUGUCGCAUUCGGCUGGUUGUAUAGCUCUUUUUGUCGAGAAACUGGAAUGGACUUGGACAGGGCCUAGCGGAUAUGCACCUUGGGAUUGGCAUCCAUUGUGAGAUAGUGCACACCCAGCUAGGCCCCUUGGCGAUAAGAAACAAUUUACUUAUCUGACUCCUUCGCCCUUGUCUUCCAUCAGUCGAUCCGUGCUCGCAUACCAUAAUGAUUCUGAAACGCCAUUAUUCUGAAGUGCGACAGAGCCCCAUUAGUCGAAAUGGGUGCAACCAAUCCAGACUUCAUUCGUCAGUAGAUUCGAUACGUGGUGUACUGUUCCUGUUCGACAGUCACUGGUCCUCAAUCUGAGCCCAUUUCCUUCGCCAUCAUUUAGCUCCCUGCUUGCACUAUGCAUCCGGCCUCCGGCUGCUGCUGUGGAGGACGACUUUAGCCAAAGUAAAGAUUCUAAGAAAUAAGUUUGGGGGUAAACGGGCGUCGUGAGAUCUUCUCUUGCCUGCAGACACACCCUCUCCCCUGAGAUUUUGCACCCAGAUCGACAAUGCUCCUUCUCAAGUCCGUCGUCGCCAUCUUCCUCCUCUCCGCGGCCGAGAGUACGCCCACGAUAACAACCCGAGCAUGCACAAUCGUCGCACCCUCAACCAUCGACGUCUUCCGCACCUCAGCCUCUGACAACCCCUUCAUCGGGCUGGCAAGUUACCCCUCAGCUGCCCAGACCGCUCCAUCGGCGGUGCACAAAAGCCCGCGCUGACAUUCGGUAUCCCAAUUGUCUCUCUCUCCAGUUGUACUCGGUAAGGCCAGAUUUUCAGGCUCGAUAAUGACGGACAAAUCGCGACGGACGAUUAGCAGGCACAUAUCUGGACGACGCUGCCCUGGACGCUCGCGACACUCCGACUUAGAAUAGGCUGCCGCGGCGGGAUCAAUUUGAUUGGACCUUUUCGCUUUACGACGCGGAAGGCCGAGGCGGGGUUCCAGACUGUUCAGCAACACAUGUUCAACCACAAUGAGUUACUUCGUCGAGCUGAGUCGGUCCCAGGGGGAGGGAAGCGUCGGCUUCUCCGAAUCGCCGAGCGGUGUAAACCCGCGUGGUUUCCAUGGUGCACAAAUGUUGAUAAUAGUUCCAUGGACAUCGCUAUCCCAUGGGAUGAUAAGCACCCCUCUGACUGUACUCGGCUGGAGGUGGAUCGCGAGUCAAUAUCUCUAAUUGGGGGGUUGCGCAAAACAUCCGCUAGCACCACGAAUUGGACAAAGAUCAUUGGAAAAGACGAGUGAAACAGCCGCACCUGGACAAGUUAAAUAUCCGUAAUCAACGUCUCAUCAAGAACACAGCGAAUGAGCGCUGUCUGAUUGCUGUGAUUCCUGAUAAUUCGGGCACAUAAGCCCGGCGGUAGCCGCGGCGUGACGUACUCGAUUCGCCCGAGGGUAGCCGCGCCUUCCCAUUUAAAUACCUCCGGUCUUUGAGGAGAAUGAGGGGUUGAGGACCGGGUAUUUAUGAGUAAUUGCUGAAGAAUAGUUGCAAGAAUCAUGCUGCAGAAUCUUAUACCGGGCUCCUGGUCGACCGGGCUGCUUGUGGCGAGUUUGAUCGCUCCACUCAUCUGGACCGUCUACGCCAAGUUCCUGCACCCGCUCGCCAAAGUUCCCGGACCAUUCCUCGCCUCCGUAUCACCCUUUGUCCAACUCUACCACGGCCUCAAGGGCGACCGCCACCUCUGGAUCUACAACCUGCACCAGCGCUACGGGCCACACGUGCGUCUGGCCCCGAACUUUGUCUCGGUUAACACAGUCGAGGGCCUGCACAAGAUCUACGGGCACGGCAACCGCUUCCGCAAGGCCGACUUUUACAAUGCGUUCCCGGCCAUUGCGGGCGUCUACAACACGCACAAUGCCAUUGACAAGUUGGUCCACGGACGGAAACGUCGCGUGCUGAGCCAAGCUUUCUCGGAUAAUGCGCUGAAGGGAAUGGAAGACGUUAUGCUUCUUCAUGUGCGGCAGCUGUGUGCGAUUCUGGGCCGGGACCGGCCAGGCUCGAAGCCGGUGGAUGCGAAGGAUGGUAGUAGCGGCACGUUCAACAUGGCGAAUUGGUUCGGGUACCUGACGUACGAUGUCAUGGGCGAGCUGUGCUUUGGGAAGAGCUUCGAUAUGCUUAUUGAUGGGGCGAAGCGGCGCAUGGUGCAUCUUGUUGAUCGCGCGGCGUACAGACACUACGUUUGCGGCCUCUGGAUGCCCCUGCACCGGUGGCACCUCGACCAAAUCUUCAUCCGGCGCCUUACAACCGACCGCUGGAACUUCAUCAUGGAGUCGCGGCAGGAAGCGAACCAGCGCGCAAAGGAGCGCACGGCAAUCGGGCAGGACGCGAAAAAGGACUUCUUCUACUACCUGCUCAAUGCACGGGAUCCGGAAACUGGAAAAGGUCUGGCGACGCAGGAGCUCUGGGGAGAGGCGAAUGUACUCAUGAUCGCGGGCAGCGAUACAACCUCGACGAGUCUGGCCGCGGCGAUCUUCUACCUCGUUCGGAACCCGAGUGCGUUGGAGAAAUUGAAGAAUGAAAUCCGGAGUCAUUUCAACGAUGUCGAGGAGAUUGUCACGGGCGCCGAGCUCAACCAGUUGACGUAUCUCAAAGCGUGCAUUGAUGAGGCGAUGCGUCUUGCGCCGGCUGUCCCGGGCUCGAUUCCACGCGAGGCGUCGGAUCCCGUCGUUACGGUUGAUGGACUCACGCUUCCCGAAGGAACAGGCUGCGGUACGCCCCCGUACACAAUCCAUCGCACACCAGCCUACUACCGCGAGCCCCUGGCCUAUCUCCCCGAGCGCUGGAUCGAAGGGUCAGUAUGCAAGACCGCGGAAUCAGCCUGGACAGUCUCAAAAGAAGAAGUCGAGCUUGCGCGAAAGGCCUUUUGCCCGUUUAGCAUUGGCCCGCGCGGAUGCAUUGGGAAGAGCAUGGCGUUGAUGGAGAUGCGGUUGACACUGGCUCGAGUGCUGUACCUGUUUGAUUUCCAGCUCGCGGAUUCGACUGGGGAGGACGAGACGGGACACUUUAAGAUGGUGGAUCAUUUUGUGGUUUCGAAGUCGGGGCCCAAUGUUAUCGUAAGGAAGAGGCAGUGAAUGUCAUUUUUAGCUAUGCUUGCAACGCAAUGAUUGAUGACCACUCGCAGUUCAGGCUACGGCGCCGCUCAUUGAACUCGUUCGUAUGGUAGAAGCGGGGUAGGAACCAAGACGCAAUAUCUGCAUCUAUCUCGUAUAUUUGUGGCGGGG